AAGCUGCUAGGCGCUGCCGUAGAAAGCCACGUCCCUCCGUGGUAAUAUAUAAGAAAAGAGCAUUUCUGUAACUUGCACAAUGAGGGAAGAAUACAUCAGAGAGAAGAAACGCUUCUGCUGGUCGAUCGAUUCCAUGGAAGCAGACGAGAAUGCUCAGGUCAAGCUUGUUUCUAUGGCAGAAGAACUUGGACGAGAUAUUCGUGUAUUUAGGAACUCAGCUAGCAUUAUGCCUUCUGAUAUAACAUCGUCUGUCUCGGUAUCAAAUAGUGAUGAAGAAGAUAAUUUCUAUGAAUUUACUGCAGAGGAUUAUUUCCGAAUCUUGUCAAGUAGGAAGGAAGAUAAAGUCCUGAAGACCCGGAAAAUUCGAGAAGAGGAAGAGGCUGCUCGCAGAUCAAAGUUUACUAAGGCUGUCAUUCGGAUUCGCUUCCCAGAUGGAUAUAUUGUAGAAACAAAAUUUCAUCCAACAGAGACUGUUGCAAGUCUUAUGGAAUUUGUCAAGAAAAUCAUUGCUCAACCGGACAUUCCUUUUUAUAUCUAUAUAACUCCUCCGAAGCAGCAACUCAAGGACAUGGCAAAGGAUUUCUUUUCUGUUGGAUUUGUUCCUGGUGCUAUCGUUUAUUUUUCUUAUGAUCUACCAAAAGAUGAAGAAGGCAGAGAUGCAAGUUCUACACCUUUCCUCCGCAAUGACAUCAUGGCUCUGGCUGGGCUUGGUACAGUUACUCAACAAGCUGAAACUGUUCAGCCCUCACCAGAGCCAGUGGCAGAAGAUAUCCCUGUCGAAGGAGUUUCUGAAGCACGGCCUGUUGUCAAGAAACCUGUGAAGCCAAAGUGGUUUAAGAUGUGAACAAAAUAGAGACGUACUCUCUGUUCCUUUAUAUGUUUUUUCUUUGGGCUGCUAUUUUCAGGUUGAUCUUUGUAGGCUCAUUGUCAGAUCAUCAAUCUAUCUGUCUGUUUGGACUUUACAGCUUGUAAAAAGCAUGGUGGUCUAUUUUAUCACUUAUUCAUGUUUAA